AUGACAGGCGGGAAGAAAGACGCACACAACCUGUCCGAGGGAGACGAGGUGUCGUGGAAAUGGGGAUCGCAGCAUCCCUCCGGCACCGUCAAAGAGGUCGUUGACGGCGAGGCACAGGCCAAGACCAAAAAGGGUUCGACCAUCACCAAGGACGGCAGUAAAGACGACCCUGCCGUCGUCAUCGAGACGGCCAACGGCAACAACGCCGUCAAGAGUGUUGAGUAUCCGCCACGGCCCCCGCUCGAGUGCCGCCUUGGCCUCGGCUCGAUUGAAACGUGCUGCUGCUGA